AUGAGAUGUGAAAACACAAUCCGCGCCAAACAAUUGGCCGCGGACGCGCAUAAAUUAUUUUUGGCCGAGCAAUUUCCAACCGGGCCGACCGUUGCGGUCGAGCCGGAAAGGAACAGGCCGCUAUCGGCCGGAUUUAUGUAUCGGAACAGACCGACCGUCGAUCCGGGAAACAAACGAUCGGCCUCGGCCAAAUUCUCUCGUCCGUUCGCAGAUUUGGCCGACCAAAUCGCUCGGCCGCAACAACAAUCCAUCGGCCAAAAUUUUCUCGGCCAAGCGCCCAACCGCGCAGUCCGGCUGGCCGAGGAACGAAUGUUCCGCGCUCGGCCAAAUCUCGUCCGUCCGUCUGAAGUCUCGGCCAAAGUCCAAAACCGUCGGCCGAUCACGCAAGUCACGACCCGGGAAACAUUGCCCGCGGUCGGCCACGCCACGCCACGACCGCGCACGACCAAACGCGCGAGCCGGGAAACGCCUCGCGGCCGCGCAACUCAUCUCGCGUACCACGGCCGAUGCAUCCGUCCGACCGGGAAACUACGUCCCGCGUCCGGCCGAGAUUUCAUCGGCCAAGUUCACCCGUCCGACCACGCGGCCGACCACGCAUCCGUCCGACCCCGACCGUUACCGAUUGUCCGGCCGAUCGUCCCGCACGACCGUCCCAACGCCGCGGAAGCAGAAAGCCGACUCGACGCCGCUGAAGUGGCGCGCGCUCAAGAAGAAGGAAGAGAUCCACCUCCUCCUCCUCCUAACCCUGCUGGAGAUGUGAAUGCACAACCCCAAGCUGGAGCACCUACAAUCGGAGACUAUGACUCUGCCGAUGCUUUCUUCAUGGAUAGAAACCCUAUCCAUCCACCACCACCUGCAAGGAAUGACUAUGAGAUCAAGCCUCAGAUCAUUGCAUUGGUUAGACAGAACCAAUUCAAUGGACUUCCAGCUGAGCACCCUCUUGAUCACAUAGAAAACUUUGAAGAAAUUUGCAGCACUACAAGAUCCAAUGGAGUCUCUGCUGACUACCUUAAGUGCAAGCUCUUUUCAUUCUCUCUUGGCGACAAAGCUUCAAGAUGGUUGAAGUCUCUGCCAGCUCACUCCAUCACCACUUGGGAUGAGUACAAGGCUGCAUUCAUCAACCACUUCUACACCAAACAGAGAUCAAUUUCUGUGAGAAACAAGAUCUCCACUUUCGCCAAGGCAACAAUGAGUCUUUCUAUGAGGCGCUAG